AGCAUCAUCUCCUUCCUUUGCAUCGAUCGGGUGCUUAUGAGAAUACCUCGGAUCCGCCCCUGUUCUUCACUACUACCACGACUACACACCAACUACUCACUCAUCGUCAGGCCAUCGACAUCGCACCCUGCCCAGCGAAGUAUCACUACCAUCAACGCAGUACGCUUCCACUCCUCCACUAUGGCCCCCACCUCUGCUGCUGCAGGCUCAUCGGCCUCGGCCUCCUCCUCUGCCACCACCACCACCACCAACAACAACAACAACAAUGGCACCUCUGCCCCCUCUCCACCCAAUGGUAAUCCCUCCAACCACUCGCGCAUAGGAACCAUCACCCAGCGCAUCACCGCCGAAGCCACUCGCGGUCCCGACGUCUGGUCUACCUUCAACCCCCUCGUCUUUCCCGAAUGUGUCAACCUAGGUCAAGGUUUCAUGAAUUGGUCUCCACCUUCAUUCGUACGAGGUGCAUUGGAACAGGCUAGUAAAGAGAGGGUAGACGUACAUCAUUACUCUCACCCUAAGGGGAGGCCAGCACUGCGACAGGCUUUGGCGAAGCAGGUUGGGGAGAGUUACAGGAAGCCAACGAACGACGAGUCCCAGGAUGAUUUUGAUGUUUCCUCAGGGGCAGUUCCUCAACAGAGGGCCGACAAGGGCGUAGGGUUGGAUGUAGAGACGGAGAUUCAGGUCACGGCGGGAGCCAACGGUGCAAUCUACUGCGCCAUGACUGCUUUCCUCGAGCCGGGGGACGAGGUAAUUUUCCUCUCUCCACACUUUGAUCAGUACGAAUGCGAAGUGACAUUCAUGGGUGGAAAACCAAUCUAUGUCCCUCUCUUGCCUCCAAAGGAGACCAAGGGCUCUCGAGCUAGAGACUGGAAAGUGGACUGGGAUGCCCUCGAGAAGGCUUUCCAACGACCCAAGUGCAAGGCCAUCAUCUUCAAUACUCCACACAAUCCACUGGGAAAAGUCUUUUCUCUAGAGGAGCUUCAACGGUUGGCUGUACUGUGCAUCAAGUACGAUCAGCUUGUACUUGCCGAUGAGGUGUACGAUGUCCUCACCUUUGACGAUCAGAAGCACAUCCGUAUCGCUUCCCUGCAGGGUAUGUGGAACCGAACCAUCACCGUUGGCUCAGGAGGAAAGACGUUUGCCGCCACUGGCUGGCGUAUUGGAUGGGCAGUUGGCCCAGCUCAUCUUAUCAAACCGGUCCUGGUAGUCCACACACGAAUCACCUUUUGCACCAAUUCUCUUGCUGCUGAAGCAUGCGCUGUAGGUCUGAACCAAGCUGGUAAAGAGGGCUUCUACGCUUUGCAAGUCCGCGAGUACGAAGCUCGCAGAAAAGUCCUCUGCGAUGCACUUGAUGCCCUAGGUCUACCAUACACCCUACCCGAAGGAGCCUACUUUAUCAUGGUCGAUGCUUCUGCCCUUCAAGUUCCAAAAGACUACCCCUUUCCUUCGGAUCUACAACCCCACUACCGUCUAGGGUACUUUGUAGCCAAGGAAGCACAAGUCGUGUCCAUUCCCGCAACGGCCUUUGUAAGCAAGGAGCACGUGCCCAUCUUUGAAAAGUGGUUGAGGUUGAGCUUUUGUAAAGAUGUGGGAGUGGGAGGGGAGGGAGAGGUGGAAAAGGGGGGACAGUUGGAGCAGGGUGGGCAGAGGUUGUUGACCUUGAAGAAGUUUCUGCAGUGAUUGGCGAAGCCGGAGAGGGGGGAGGGAUGGCAUUCGGAGCCUUGGUGGUGUGAAUGAUAGAUGGUGUCUCUCACUAUAGAGACUUCGACAGAUCUCUGUUUGUACAAUCUCAUCUCAUCCCUCAAUCCAUCAAUCAAUUCGUUCACUCGAU